UCAGUGGGCGUCUGAUACAGCAGCGGCUUGUGUAUUUGUUAACAUUUAUCCCCGGUCGCUCUUCAAUUCCCCUUACAUUUCAUACUUUUUCGCGGCUGCUUUUUGACUUGGACGUUUGUGAAUGGGAGUUGAAUCAGCUGUCCUCGGGAUUUCCUAAGACACCGCUCAUUUACUUGAUCAUAUUUCAGGAAGUGGGUUUUAUUUUGGGGGGUUGCUCUUGCACAUCAGCUGUUGUUGGAUUGUAUGAUGGUUGCUCUGCAGUGAACCAGUUGGCCAGUCCCGUCCACGCUUCAGCCGGGCAUCAUGAACCUCUGGAGUCUGAAGUUUGUCAUUCUGACAGCACUUCAGGCUUUAUCUGUCGCUUUGUGUGACAGCGUGCUCUCCACAUCUGCUGAAGGGAGUCUUCUGAGCAUGACUGUUCAACACAGACCAACAGCAAAGCAGAAACACUAUGGGACUACAGUGCCUCUUCAGCUUGUUGGAAAAGAAUGGAAACCCACCAGCCAGCUCCCAAUCCAGAGUCACCCCGCAUCACUGAAGCUCCUGAUUGAAGCGGAAGGUGAGCAGCUGCUCUUGGCGCUGGAGAAAAACGAGGGGCUGUUUUCAAGUAACUAUACAGAAACCCAUUACCUAGAAGACGGCAUUGCAGUCACCGGCUCGGACAACUUCACGGCAAACUGCUACUACCACGGUGAGGUGGAGGGAUAUGUCAACUCAGACGUCAGUCUCAGUACCUGUACUGGUAUAAAGGGUUUCAUAACUCUUGAAGGCAAAUCCUAUGUACUGGAACCAUCUGCUGAUCACUCCGAUGGGACUCACUGGAUCUACACAGCUGAACACCUCAAUUUCGCUCCUGGCACCUGUGGCCAUGAUUUCAACAUAACCUACCCCAUUGAACAUGCAGACAGCAGUCCGUUCAGGGCUUUCAGCACAAGGCAUAAACGCCACGUCCAGACUACGACCAAGUAUGUGGAGUUGAUCAUUGUCGCUGACAACAGAGAGUUUCAGAAGCAAGGCAAGGACAUGGAGAAGGUCAAGCAGCGGCUGGCUGAGAUCGCCAAUUACGUGGACAAGUUCUACAGGGCUCUGAAUAUCCGCGUGGCCCUGGUGGGCCUGGAAGUAUGGAGUGAUGUAGACAAAUGCCCCAUAACCCAGGACCCCUUCACCACCUUGCAUGAGUUCCUAGACUGGAGGAAGGUCAAGCUGCUCCCUCAGAAGCCUCAUGACAACGCCCAGCUGAUCAGUGGGGUCUAUUUCCAGGGCACCACCAUUGGUAUGGCACCCAUCAUGAGUAUGUGCACAGCAGAGCAGUCGGGGGGGAUCGUCAUGGACCAUUCAGACAACCCCCUGGGCGCUGCAGUCACUCUGGCCCACGAGCUUGGACACAACUUUGGAAUGAACCAUGACACCCCGGAGAGGGGGUGUGGCUGCAGGGUGACCGUGGACCGUGGAGGAUGCAUCAUGACUCCCUCCACCGGGUAUCCGUUCCCCACAGUGUUCAGCAGCUGCAGCAAGAAAGACCUGGCAGCCAGUUUUGAAAAAGGCAUCGGGAUGUGUCUGUUCAACAUGCCUGAGGUCAAGGUGCUCUACGGCGGGCAGAAAUGUGGCAACGGCUACGUGGAGGAGGGAGAGGAGUGCGACUGUGGAGAACUCGAGGAAUGUAUGAAUCCCUGCUGCAAUGCUACUACCUGCACUCUGAAGGGGGAUGCCGUUUGUGCGCACGGACAAUGCUGCCAAGAUUGUCAGCUAAAGCCAGCAGGAACUCCAUGCCGUGAAUCCAGCAACGCUUGUGAUCUUCCUGAGUUCUGCACCGGCAUCAGCCCCCACUGCCCUUCCAACGUCUACCUGCAUGACGGCCACGCCUGCCACAGCCUGGACGGAUACUGUUAUAACGGCAUCUGCCAGACCCACGAGCAGCAAUGCAUCACUCUGUGGGGCCCAGGAGCAAAGGCAGCUCCUGGCAUUUGCUUUGAAAGGGUUAACUCAGCGGGGGACCCCUACGGCAACUGUGGCAAGGACUCUAAAGGCUCCUUUAGCAAAUGUGAAGCACGAGAUGCUAAAUGUGGCAAAAUCCAGUGUCAAGGAGGAGCUAACCGCCCAGUAAUUGGUACCAACGCUGUUUCCAUAGAGACAAACAUCCCCAUGCAGGAAGGGGGUAGGAUACUGUGCCGAGGCACGCACGUCUACUUGGGUGAUGACAUGCCCGACCCCGGCCUCGUGCUGACGGGCACCAAGUGUGGAAACGGACUGAUGUGUCUGAAUCGUCAGUGCCAGAACGUCAGCGUCUUUGGCGGGCACGAUUGCUCAGCCAAGUGCAGCGGUCAAGGGGUGUGCAACAACAACAAGAACUGUCACUGUGAGGCUCACUGGGCACCUCCCUUCUGUGACAAGGCUGGUUUUGGGGGCAGUUUGGACAGUGGCCCCAUCAGGUUAGCAAACAGUGGGGGUCUGACAGUGGGCAUCCUGGUGGCUCUCCUCAUUGUGCUGGGGGCCGGUCUGAUCAUCUGCAUCAAGAGGAAAACAGUACUGGGACUGCUCUCCACCAGUAAAAAGAACCCAAUUGAGAAGCUCAGAUCAGUGAGCGCUGCAAUCAGCAGACCCUCCUCUCCGAACCAGCCUCCGUCGCUGAGCACGGCGUCUCCAUCGCGUCCGGCCCCGCCCCUCCCUCACACGGCCAUCGUCUUCAAGGAGUUGGAGAAGCCCAGUCCUCCUCAGAAACCCCUUCCGGCCGAUCCUAGGAGCGCUCGUGUGGUGCGAGGUCCCUCUGUAAUGCGGGGGGCCUCGGCUGUUUGUGGCCCGGCACCAAUACCUGGUGUACCCAGACCUUUGCGGCCUAUCCCACAUCCCAACAGACCCAGUCCCAAGCAGCCUCCAACACUACCAAAGCCUUGCAUCAUUGCCAACGUCAAAUAGAGCAGCUGAGACUUUCGCCGGGAUGGGACAAUGUUGUGAUAAGACACUUAAAGAAUUUGCACUAUGAAAACUCUGAAAUCCUUAAAAAAAAAAGAUGGCGGCUUCUCUGAGUUUUGAAUCAGGAGGUCUGCCGCGUCCCUUUUGGUGCUCUGUCCCUGAAUGGUGCUACGAGUCUGAGCUCAGGUACAUGUAAAGUAUUUAUAUUGUGUAUUUAUUGCCACGCAGUGCACUGUGCCAGACACUUUUACUACACGGUAGCAAAAAAAAAUUAUUUGUCGUUUGCAUCAGUUUCACCUUUUUUUUAAAAGGGCAGUCACGGAAAGGUCUUGGAAAUCGAAUCCAAUAUGUGAUAUUCUGAUUGCAGAGAUGAUUUUAUUAAAUGUGUUUUAAUGAAGGGAACCUUUUACAUGAUGGUUUUGAUCUGUAAACUACAGGUAGAAUUGGAAAAGGAGUAUUGUGCAAUGAUGAACAAAAACACUUCUAGUUCAUUUAAAACGCAGGUGGGCUUUUCUUGAAGAGCAAUGCUCACCGUUUUGAUAAGGCUUGAAACAACUGCAGAAAAAGAAAAAGCGAUGUUACAGCAAUGUGUUCUGGGGAGAAAGGGCUGAUUUUUUUUUCAAUAGACAGCUGAAUUCCAAGUCUGUCUCCUCUGCAUUUAUAUUUCGGGAAAGGUAACAAGUGGAUUUGGGAAACUGUCACUUCGCCAUUUUCUUUUUUUUUUAACAAGACCCAGGAGGCUCACUCAAAGGAUCUGGGUACUGAGGUAUGGACUGAACACGGAUCCAAAAGAGCGAGAUCAAGGAAGCAUUUUUUCCUCAGAGGGAGUAAUCGUCUCAGAGAUAUUGCCCUGCUUAAGGUCAUGUGUGUGUUUUUAAGAGUUUCCCUGUGUGCCUGUCUACACGAGGACUCUGAGUGAAGGACUUUCUUAAAGCUGAGGCCACGGAGGAGUCUUGGAGGCACUGAGGUGUGGAUUACAAAUCAUGAUUUUAUUGUAACGGGGUAAAGUCGAGUUAACAAGGACACAUGUCUUGAUUUCUUUCUGCCACUGAAGUUACGUUUCAUCUAAAGUAACGUGGCAUUUUUCUAUAUUUUGUACUUUUUUAAUUUGGCUAUUAAGAUGAGGUUUUUUUUAAACAAUCUACAUGCCGAAUAUACAAUCCUACAUAAACUGUAUUUUGAGUGAUUGAACAGUCUUUCAUCAUUUUUGCAGGAUUAUUAUUUUAUUGAAUUGCAGCGCUGCAUGUAUACAUUCACACUGAGCAACUUUUCCUUUAAGCACAGCUCUUGUUCACAAAUAUGUAGGCUUAAAUAGACUUUGAACUUUUCUUACUUUUGAUACUGCUAUUUUUUUUAAAUAAUGCACUUAAACUCGGUGCUUUGUUUACUUUUGCUUUUUCAAUGCUAUGUGUCCAUGUAGGCAGUAUUUAAGUCCUGUCACCUGAAUGUAUGUUAAGUCCAUAUGUUUCUCGUAUGUUGUGUUACAGGUGAACACAUUUCCAUGGAGAAUGUUUUUUUUAUAAUGAUUGUUUGAUACAUUCUAUGUAAAGAAAACACACUAUGUAUCUGGUUGUGGUAAUUUGAACACUCAUGCAGUAUUAGUAAAACAGUUUUUCAAACACUUGA